GUCCCUUUUUGCCCAACUGCGCACGCUGUCUCGUAGCACCACAGCUCCGUGAGGGCCGCCCCGGGGCGGGCGCGGGGGUGUCAGAGGCGCUGGCUCCCCGCCCCGGCCCCACCUCCGUGAGGGCAGCCCGCCUCCUGCCCGGCCUCCACCGGCACCAGCACCGGCACGGAGGUGGCUGGGGAGCGGAACCAAAAUACGACCAGUGUGUGGUAACAGAGCAGCUGCCAUCCCGGAUGGUGCUGUAAGAUUUGGACUGGAAGCCCCAGGAGCUGGAAACACGAGGGUAGUGUGGAUGGAGUUCACAGAAGAUGAACAUGACAGACUGAACUAGAGGAUGCCUUUUGUAAGAGGAGCUUCGAAGAGCUAACUGUGAGGAUCAUAACCAAGUUAGAACUGUGGAGGGGGCACAAAGUGUUUCUUCAAAUUAAAACUAAGGAGUUGAACGUGCUGCGUGCUGCAAGAGGAGAGGACCAAGGAGAUCAGAAAGUUUCCAGUCUCAGGGAUCACACAGCACCAGGAAGCUGAUGUGAAAGUUCUUUCUCUUAAUUCUGCUCUAGAUCCUGGGCUGUAGUUGGAAGAAAUCUGGAGAAUCCCCAUAAAAUAGUCCUGGAGGUGCACUGUAAGUAGAGGCCUACGAGUUUUACUUUUCAUGAACAACAACGUUCAGCAUGUUGUUAUUCUGUCACGCGCUGGUUGGAGCUUUUCUUCCAUUCUUCGUCCUUUCAGGGAACUGGGUUUCAGCAAAGAACAUCAACUUCUACAAUGUGAGGCCUCCAGUAGACCCCACUCCAUUUCCAAACAGUUUUAAGUGCUUUACCUGCGAUAAUGCGGUGGACAACUACAACUGUAACAGAUGGGCUGAAGAUAGAUGGUGUCCCGAAAGUACUCAGUACUGUCUGACAGUUCAUCUCUUCACAGACCAUGGGAAGAGUACGUCAGUCACCAAAAAAUGUGCUACUGGAGAGGAGUGCCAUUUUGUAGGCUGCCAUCAUCACAGAGAAAGCGGUCACACAGAAUGUGUUUCUUGCUGUGAAGGCAUGAUUUGCAACGUAGAGAUCCCAACCAAUCACACAAAUGCAGUAUUUGCUGUCUUGCACGCGCGGAGAACGUCGGAUGGCAGCAGGUGGACAGUGAACAUCGCAGUGCUUGUGUCAGUCGUGAUGAUUGCCUUGUCGUGAUGCAGCAUCCUCCUGUACCUGUGCUCGAGAGGGUUUGCCUUUCCGUGGGCUGGCAGAAAUGGUAAGAAGAUUCAGUAUGUGCCAGGAGAAGCCACUGAUACUUCUUAACUACAUAAAAUGUAAGAGGACAGUGGGAAGACACGUGUACAUCGUGAAGUCCUGGGAUAUUUUAAUGAAGAUACUUCAAAUGGUCUGCAGUAUUUAAAAAGAAACAGACACAAAUAGAAAAAAAAACAACACACAACCAACAGCAAACCCACUGGAGACUAGGCAGUGGGGUGAAAUCAAGUUAUUAUAAUUCACUAUUUUAUGUUGAAAAAGCAUGUAUGGUUGGUGUGUUUCUUGAACAGCGAAAAGUGUCUGUAGACAAUCCCUUUCCUUGGUGAGAUAAAAGGGAACUCAACGGACUGUGUGCCAACCUGUAUCUUAAUGGGAACUGGUUUUAAACUUUUCACUGUACAUAAAUAACAUGGACUGUCUUGUCUUGAUCCACAGGUGUGUGUAAGCUUAUCUUGAGUUACGGUUUUCAGAGAAAACAUACACAAGGGAAUUUUUUCUAUUUUGACCAGAGUUAUAAUUUCUAUGGGAAGAAAUGCAAAAUAAUACUUUAAGUCUCUUUUCUAUACAAUGGCUCACACUUGAAUUAUAAAACAAUGUGAAAUUGUGUAGAGUUUCUGUCCCAAAAUCACGAGCUAGUUGAGCACCUAAAAUGGAAUUUUCAUCUUCCCUCAAUGGGAUUAUUUUCUUGCAGUAGAGUCCCACCCACCUCAGCUGCUCACCUCAGCUUCUGAAUGCUUGUCUUUUUUUGUAUUAAUGCAGCAAUAAUACCAUGGAUUUCAAAUUGCAGCUAUUGUCAAGCAAUAACUUUUUCAUUAAAAUUUUAAGUGUGCACUUGUUAUAAAUAAGGAGAGCACUCUGCUAUGUUUGGUCUCCGUUUUCUGAAGAUCCUCCCAGAAAUGCUGUUUCCUUGCUGGAUCAACUGGUAAGAAGUCAACACUGGAUACCCCAGGCCUCUGGACAUCCCUUUUAUCUAGCAUUGCCACCCACAUUUGAAAAGUUUGGGCCAAGAUUUUGUUUUUCAUUACAGUAUUGUGGUGUUUAAUGCUGCAUACUUGCAUAGCUUGAUUAUUUGAAUCCUGAUCAUUUAGAUGACUGUUCGUCGGCUGGAUAAACAGCUGCAAAGAUGGCAAAUAACAGAGUUUAGGUUACAGCUGGAUGUACUAAACCCUUAAUACUCUACCUUAUGUUCUUAUGUUAUUUGCACUGCAAACUUGCUAUCGUACAGACCAGCAGGUACAGAUUUUAGAUGAUUUCUCUCAGUGUGGUUUUAUACGAUCCUAAAUCCUAACACAUUUUGGCUGCUCCUGUUGGCCUAAUGGUGUUUCUUCCAAAUCCCCACCAUUUUCACAAAUUUCCUCUGACAACCCUAAUAUAUGGCAGCACAACUAAGGAUUUGACCUAACAAGGUUGAAAAAUUGCAUUUCAUUUUUUUUUCAUUUUGUAAAUAAAAUUGUUAUUCAUUUAUGACUAUACUGGUAUGAUUAUUCUGAUCUUUUCUAGCAACUUUUUUCUCCUCUUAAAUGAGAUGGUUAAUAUUACAAUAAACUGUUGGAGCAUUUUUCAGAGAGGAGGGACUGUAAAAACUUAGUUUUACAAAGAGAUGCAAAAUUGAUCUAUGAAAAAUUCAAGUAAAUUCAAGUAACCCUAGAAACUGGGAUUUUUAAGCAUUAAUAUUGGCUUACGUAUUAGCUCUUUUAAGUCACCAAAUGUGUGUAAGCUAACAAUUGAAAAAACAGUUUUUGUAAUGAUUUCUGUUUUGUGUAUGUUGUAAAAUGGCAACGCUUUUUAGAUCUUAUAAAUAUGUUUAAAAACCAGUCUGUGACUGUUGACAGGCAGUUGCAGAGUUACAGAGGUUGGAUGGAAACGCUUUUUCCUUGCCAAUGCACAAUAAUUCUUGCUGUCUAAGUCAAGGCUUUUCAGGCUGUGGGUUCUGAUGAUCAAUGUUGUGCCACCCAACUUGCCAAGCUGCCAAGGAUGUUCUGUGGAAAUAUUUCUUUUGUUCAAAGAUCAUCCCUGGGUAACAUAUCCAUAGCAUUAAUCUUGGUGUCAGACAUAGCUAUGGACAUAAUUAAGAUUGUUCCUUACUUUUCAUCGUUAGAUGUCAUCUUUUUGCUACAUGAUCUACAGGUUUCUGGAGCUUUUCUCUUAGGGAAAAUCAUACCACGUUUUCUCUGUGCUCAACAGGGAGUCCCUGAGUUGAGCAGGAUGUUUUGGGCCAUGCUAUUUUUCCCGUUUUUGCCUCUAAGCACUAGGUGCUUCCAUAAUUCCAUUUCUGGGAAUAAUUACGGCAAUCUUAACAAGGCCUCAAAGUGCCCUAGAGUCUUAUCUGAGUUUACUGUAAAUAACUUACAAUAAUCUAAGCACUGACACUUGUUUACACUGCAAAUGCCAUUUCAGAGCAUUUGGGAGUGCCAGGAAGACCCUGGAAGGCAGCCCAAGGGGUGGGCUCAGGCACAGAGGAAAUGGGUUUCAGGUUCUCUGCAACAGCCGGGAGACCUUUGGGGGCUGUGUGGAUCAGUCGGCAUUUCUCUUGGUCGACCUGUUUUAUUUUCUUCUGUUUGCCAAACUGAAAAGUUAAGAAACUUGCUUAUACUUUAAAUGCUUUUACUUAUUUGCUGAAGAAUUGCCUAGGAUAAAAAUAAAAUUAAGAAUUCCACUGAAGUGGAAUAGCCAAAUAUAUAGCCAAAAUAGAAUGCUUGAUUUUAAUUACCCUUUUUUAAAGAAACUAACAAUAAAGGCAGCAACCUGGGUUUAUGAGAGGAACUGGUGUUGCCAAAGGUUUAUUUUUUAAUGUAACAGAAUUCCAGAAGUUCAGGAUAUUCAAGAUCAAUUCCAGUCGUCUUGAUACAUCACUACCUUGGUUAUUGCAAAGUUCAGGUCUGUUGUUUCUAGAAAGACAAAUAUGCAAAAGCUGUUAGCGCUGCACAGAUAGGCUGAAGGAAUAUGGAAUUUGACACUAUCACAUGUAACCUUUGCUGCUUUUUAUUUACAUAAAAAUCUUUAUGUUUCUGAUUAUGUUUCCGAUUUAUGUUUCUGACUUCGUAGGAUAAGCAAUGGGCAUUAAUGAUUAAAUAGUGCUAAAAUUCAUCACAGCACAAAUUUUUGACACUCCUAAUGCUCAGCUAUGUAGGCAAUCUUAAUUUAUGGUAGAAUUUGUUUAUUUUAUUAAAUAGAUUGAAGUAUCACCCAUAUUUUCUCUUCAGAUAUCUAUCAUUUAGGAACUUUCAAGAAUAUUAUUUGAGAAAAAUAAUCUCUAGGGGCUCCAUAAUGUAUGUAUGCCACGCAUCUCAGUUUUGAUUAACAUGUAUUACUUGUUAAUGCCUAAAUUUGCCAUGCAGCUUUGGAAGACCAAUUUGUGUAAAUGCAAGUCCAUAACUACAUGCAGAGCAGAAAAGUUUGUUAAUGCUUCUGUGUACUCCCAGCCUCCAGCAGCAGGGUGCAAAUGUUGCAUUCUGCUCAGUAACGGGGCAGGGGGUUGUCUCUAAAGACAGCAGGCACUGGGUAAAAACCGUGGGUGCCAAACUCAUGGGCAUUCGUGGGCAAAAUGAUCCCUUUGUAGUGCCCUUAGAACCAAUAAGAAUCUUAUUUUUGUUCACAAAUAAUGGUUUGUAAAUCAAUUCAUGCAGUUGAGGAAAGAUAAAUGUUGUUUUGUGAUGUAUAUGUAUAAUUUAUUUUUAUUUUUUACAUUGCACUGGACAGUCUACAGAAGACUUAUUUUUAAAAGUUUAAAUACAGAAACCCUUCUCUAUUCAGUGUUGGUUUGUACAGUACUUUCUUACUCUCUGCUGCUGUUUUAAAUCUUCUCCAGAAGUGCCACUUAAAUUAAAAGUACUGAAAUAUUUGCUGGUGGAAAAACUUUGUGGCAGAAGACAAAAAACCCAUUUACUGCUUAAGAAAAACUGGACCAGGUAUGAGGAAAGUUCUUUGACCCUUGUGAAAAUAAUUUUUUACUAUUUAAUUAGAAGAGUGUCGAAGAAUUAACCAUACUUUUACACUAGCCUCUUAAAUUACCAGAAGAACUCUGAGGUCUAGCUACAGGUUAAAAUUCCAAAUCAAGGCAACAAACAGCACAGAGCCAGCUCUUUAAACAGGAUAAAAUGUUGAUUUGGGAUUUUAUAGCAAGUAACUUAAAAGAAAUUUAAAACUUCAAAGAAAAAGAGCUACAAAACCCCAUUCUAGCUGUUCCCACAGAGCCUCUCUGUUUGCCUUGAUGCUGGAAGGAUCAUGAUGAUGUUCGAUUUGGACUCGAUGAUCUUGAGGUCUCUUCCAACCUAGAAAUUCUGUGGAAGAAGCACUCGGUGUUGCAGCACAUGCUGUUUGCAGGUGUUUCAGGUUGAGGAAACGGCCAGCAGCUGCAGGAGCAGGAGGAGCACGUUUCCUGCCCCUCUUCACCUGGGGAUGCCGUUCCUGCCUUGUACCUCUUGUACUGCAGCAAGAUAACCUGGAGCAGAAGCAGUUUGUAGAGCGCCUGAGGAUCCUCCUGGUCCUCGCAUCUCCUCCACUUUCGGCUUUUUUCUGUGAGGUGCAAAGCAGAAGAAGCUUGCAUGAAAGUCAGCCCGUCAGGUUUCCGUGCCGAUGCCUGGCAGCAGAGAUGUUUCAGCUUUAUUUGAACUCACGGAGGUUUGAGAGAGCUCGUGGGACUGCCCCGUGGUGAGGGUGCUUUUGAGCUCUGUGAACAUCGAUGAAAAGUUUUGAGUUCAUCUGAAAUGUCACGAUCAAGGGCUUUUGGAACUUCAUUUCCUGGGCUUUAUUAUUUUUUUUUCCUGAUUCAAAAGCUGUCUUUUCCUAUAACCAGUUUUCCUGAUAAAUUUGUGCUGAAGUUCUUUGCGGUCAGCUAGGAAAUGAAUCUUCAGGAGAGGUUCUCCAGAGGGAUGUUGGAUCAAUGCCUUGAGAGCCGUGGAUGCUUUCUGCCUGUGGCUGCAAACCAGACUUUGAGGGGCUGGGCAUUCUCCAUGGAAAGACAGCUUCUCUUAAUGGGGAGGACGGAAGGGAAGUUUGUGUUCCAGCACUUGGGAAAGGAGCUGAUGUUUGAAGAUGUCUCUCCUUGGAUUAGCAGCAGAAUAAUAUCUAAAUAAUCAUUAAAGAUGCUGGGUCAAAACAGAGUUUUCACACUUACAAUCUACCCUCACCCUACAAAGGUUACCUUUUUGCAAUUUCUUGCUCUUACAAUUGAGUAGUGUGUACUUGCAUUGAGUCCAGCAGUCUGUAUAAAACAAGAGCGUUUGUCUUGCACCUCUGAGUGUCUGAGUGCAGUCACGGUGAUCCUCCCAAAUCCCACGUGUACCCCAGAAGACUUUAACUUGUCUGGGUUUUAAAGCGGUUCUGGGUCCUCGGAUGACAGACGCCCUGGAAGCGAUACUGCCCAGCUCUGCGUGCUGAGGUACAGCGCCUUUAUACAAGUCCCUUUUCAAACUCUGGAUAAAAUCCUUACUUGAAAGCUCUUUGAGAAAGAGAUUGCUAUCUUAUUUUUUUUCUUUCUUUAGUAAGUGAGAGCGUUUCUAUCUGCUCUGCUUAAGAAGUGGCAUUUCAUUCAUUUAUCACCUUUAUCUUUCCCAUGGCCCUGUCCUGAGGGAGCUCCUGAUUAAUUCCAGCAGCGUGGAGGUCUCCCCUUCUCCCCUUCCCUAGUUUGCAUUGCCUUGUGAGCAUAACGUGCCUCUUUCAUUUCCUUGUGUCACACUUCAUGCUGUUGUCUCCAUCCUGCCUGUUUAGCCUGCCACAUUUAACCACCAGCCUUACAAGAAGUUGCUGAGAAUUUAUAGGUGGCUGUGGGCAAAGCAGGGCCCCUGAGGAUAAUGUACUGCUGGAAAGGUUGAACUCUUUGCUUGUAGAAGCCAAAAGCAAAUGAAAGAGGACACCCCAAUUUGUCGUGCUGGCCAUCUGAUAGUAGAAGCUUCCCCAAAAGAUUGGCGUGGAGAAGGCGAGAAGCAGCAGCAGCGUGAGGCAACUUAGGGACACCUCCGGAGGAUGAAAGAGCAAUCUGGGAUACUGAAAGCAGGGCAGCUCCGCAAUUCAUCACCUAACUGCGGGGUGUGAAUGGGAUGUGAAACCCAAAACCCUCGUGGCUGAGCUGAUGCCUGCACUCAGCGUGGGCGCACGCAUCCUGGCUAUGCUGCCCCUGGACUUGGUGUUACGGGGACGCCUCCUGAGAUGCCCUGACCCAAAAGGGAUGGAUGUCGAGAGCAAAGCCACGCCGUGUGUGAGGAUUUUGGGGCUGCGUGGGUAACUGAGCCUUUUUUCCAUCUGUCAGCAGCGCAAUCUCAGCAGUCAUUAUGCCUGCGCUUCGCUGCAGCUGCUGUGGAAUUUGCUGUCCUAAGGCAAGUAAUUUCAGAGCUUCCUCAGCUGACCUCCAACCCUUGCUGCCAUUAACUCCUGUAAAUCUCUCUGGUAUGAAUCCAGUGCAGGUAGAUGGCUGGAGAUAGGAAAGUUGACUGAAUUACGCUUCUUUUUUUUUUGAACUGAAAAUAAAUAAAAAAUUGAGGGAUUGGACCUCUGGAGGAAGAUAAUUGUUAGCAAUAUGGUUAAAAGAAUAAUCUGGUGGCUUAAAGUGUGUGAUGGAUUCAGAAGCUAAUACACUAAGUAAAAUAGUGCAGAAAAAAGUAAUUCAUUGGGGAAUUGUUAUAGUUAUGAUGAAAAGCUUCUGAUGUUUAGGUUAGAUAAAGCAGUCACCGAUAAGACUCGGAAAAUAAAGGUACAAAAUGUUUUCAUGCUCCCUGUAGGGAACACAAAAGAUUUAUGCCUAGGCACAGCUCCAGAGCUCAAGGAAGACCUUAAGGAAGAAGGGCAUGGGUGAGGUGUGCAAGGUGGGGAUGUGCUCUCCUCUUCGUGCCCCUGCUUCGGGAGGGGCACAUUUUGGAAACCUCCUCAGACUGAAGGCCCUGUGUUGAAAGCACGCGUCUAAGAUCUCCCCCAGCGUAUCUUGCUUUUCAUCAGCUCCAAGCAGAGUUUUACUCCACCAUAACUUGCCCGAGGUGUUUCUGAGAGGUGAUAUCGGUCUCCCCUGGGAGAAGCAGCCCCCAUUAACAGCCAGACAGCCUCUGGCUGAUGCACGGGCCAGGCACCAUCCCAGGCUCUUGCUGCGCCUUCCUCCACGUCUCUGCCUGGGCAGCAGUGGGAUGGAGCCACCAUCUGGGCUACAGGAGCAGCCAUCGCUCUUUGCUCCCACACCUCAUCUACUUUUAUUUGUUGAUUCCUUGAGGGAUUCUGUGGCCUCUGUCUGCUUAAAUUCUACCUGAAACCCACCAGAAGUCUCUGUAGGAUGUCAUUGUUAGGCUCCGUGGGCACUAUUUCCAUGGCAUCUGCACCAUGGGCCACGCUGACGAGUUGUGCUGGACACAAGGACUUCAUUCUGUGGUUUGGGUUUGUUUUUUCUCCCCCCUGUCCAAAAGCUGGGGGUAAACAUCUAUCACAGAGGGAAGAAUCCGCGUGGGGCCUGAGGCUAGAAACGCUCAGGUUUCCCUGUCAGAUGCGGAGCGAAGCAGAAGGACCCUGACAAAAACAAACCUCCAGAAAACGAGCUGUUACGCAGGAAAAUCCCUCCGCAGAAACCCCUCCGUUUCUGUGCUACGCUCGUGACUCGCUUUUAUUUUUGAACUGGGAAGUUCCCCUAUGGCACGUGUACGUGUGUGUGGUCUCCUGAAGGAGAGGAGCAGCAACAAUCCCCGUGUCCCGUUUGUUUCUCCCAACUGCAAGCCAUCAGCCUUGUUUUGUGUCGCUGGCUUUUACGAGACCUUAUUAAUUAUUUAUUAGUCGCUCUUACCCAGAUCACCCAGUGCACGUGCACCGGAGCUGGCUGUACGUAGCCAGUGUCUUGCCCUGAUACCAUCCAGCGCUGUUCAAAACCCUGCUGCUCCCUGGGAUUAACCAGUAAUUGCACCUCUGGCACAGCUAAUAAGGCCGAAUGGGGAAAGGUUUGCACAGCAUAAAGCACUGGGGGGAAAAAACACCGCACCGAGCCUUCUCAAUGCUUGGGUUAUUCCGAUUCUCCUUCUGCAACUGCUCAGUAUUUUUCCUUUCUAUCCUCCUCUAUAAAGUACCCAGCAUGUGCCAGAGGUGUGUUACGAG